AUGUGUAAACAAACUGUCACCACGGUGGGGUGGGGGGGGAGGGGGGGGGGGGGGGGGGUGAGGGGGGGGGGGGGGGGGGGUGGGGGGGGGAGUGGGGGUGGGGGGGGGGGGGGGGGGGGGGGGGGGGGGGGGGGGGGGGGGGGGGGGGGGGAGGGGGGGGAGGGGGGGGGGGGGGGGGGGGGGGGGGGAGGGAGGGAGGGCGCGGCGGCGUGGGGGGGGGGGGGAGGGGGGGGGGGGGGGGGGAGGGGGGGGGGGGGGAGGGGGAGGGGGGGGGGGGGGGGGGGGGGGGGGGGGGGAGGGGGGGGGGGGGGGGGGAGAAGGGGGGGAGAGGGGGGGGGGGGGGGGGGGGGGGGAGGGGGGGGGGGGGGGGGGGGGGGGGAGGGGGGGGGGGGAGGGGAGAGGGGGGGGGGGAGAGGGGGGGGGGGGGGGGGGGGGGGGGGGGGGGAGGGGGGAGAGGGCAGGGGGGGGGGGGGGGGGGAGGGGGGGAGGGAGGGGGGGGGGGGGGGGGGGGGGGAGGGGAGGGGGGGGGGGGGGGGGGGGAGGGGGAGGGGGGGAGGGGGGGGGGAGGGGGGGGGGGGGGGGAGAGGGGGGGGGGAGGAGGGGGAGGGAAGAGGGAAGGGGGGGGGGGGGGGGAGGGAGGGAGAGGGGGGGGGGGGGGGGGGGGGGGGGGGGGGAGGGGAAGGGGGGGGGGGGGGGGGGGGGGGGGGGGGGGGGGGGGGGGGGGGGGGGGGGGGGGGGGGGGGGGGGGGGGGGGGGGGUGAAAGAUGUUUUAUGGGCUGCAUGGGAUACAAUCUAUCGUACCCCAUCACUCCCUACUAUGCCAUCAGCCUUCCGCUUCCAAACAUUCAGGCGGCAUAUUUGUCUGUGUACACCGUGGGGAUAUGCCACAUCCCGCCGCUGCAACUGAGGACAAUGGUUGAAGCAAAAUGUGAAAUGACUCCGUACGGUGGUUACCGUUGGAAAGUCAGCCUGGAGACCAACUGCUCUGCUCCUGAGUUGCACCCACCGACAACACACCUUAUGAACUUCCUUCGAUUGAGUCCCAUAUCCUGCAAGCUAUUGACUUUCUUGCUAUACGGUUACCUAAAGCAGGAACCAAUUAUUCACACCGAGCACGUGCGCCAGGUUCUCGAUCGACUGACGUACUCUUGUCCAAAAUUUGACCGCCAAACUUUCGCCGCAAUCCGACUAGAUUUCUACAAUAUUCUGGAUUUGAUUAUCUACAAAAUGGGUGAUGUUGGACGACAUCAGUUUGAAGACCACUUUGUUUUGGACACACUGAGAGAACUGGUGAUUCAAUUUGGUAGACGAUUACAGGACUACUUUUCUUCAUUUAUCCGUUUUUAUCACCGGACCCACUAUUUGCAUGCUCAUCAACUAACCCCAUAUGGAAGUGUGGCAAAUCUCAAAUGUGCUUCCAGCUACGACAUUGAAAUCAAAGGAUAUAACGGUCCGCUCUUGGUUGUCUGCACGGAACUGGUCAGAGUCACCGAGCGUAUUUCUAUCUCAGACCACAUAAUCUAUUCAGGCAUUGUGUUGAUAGAUAUGACGAAUCCAUGGAAGGAUCUCACAGUGAGCAUCGUUUUCCGGGUCUCAGACUCUCCGGCGACCACGCUUUAUACCUGCGGUCGACUGGCGAGCAAUAGCACCAAACAAUGGAGUCAAGCGGAAAACUGUCCUUAUCAUGAAUACAAUGAGACGACUGUCCGUUGCGUCUGUAACACGCCUGGGUUAUUCGCAAUACUUCAUACACACAGAGACUUGAGUUACUUGGGUGGCCUAUUCCUCAAAACAGUGAAAAACGCAGGGAUUCCCGGUCUGUUUCCCGCUUGUCUAUGCACGCUUUUCCUCGGUCUUGUGUAUUUACUCAUUUUGAGAUGGCAUGAAGAGGCACGUCGCACUUUCGUCUUCCUUACCGAUCAAAACCAUCAAGAAGCUACGUGCUAUCUCGACCUUGCCAUCCAGCAGAUACUACUUCAGUUGAUAAAGAUUGCAUUGCAAACCGCAACGCUCCAGUUGGAAGACUACACACCUUGUAAAGUACUUGGUCUGCUCCUAAACGGAACGAUUGUGGCCCAUACGGUGAUUAACCUAGCGACGGCAGUCUGUCUAGUCUCCAUCGGGCGAGUGGAUCAUCCACGGGAAUGUGAGCUCCGAAUUACGGUCUCUAGUUACGUGGCUGUCACCAUCUUCCUCAUGGGCCCAAAUAUCUUCUGCUUGGAUACCUACGUACACGUGAGCUGUUUUCCUGCUCAGCAUGUAUCUGUGCUCGUUGGUCCGGUGUUAGGGCUUUGUGUCCUAACACUAGGUCUGCUGUUGGCCUACUGGUUUUUGCCACCAGUCCAGCGAAAAGACGAGUGGAUUGGAGUUCUUUUCAACACUGCAUUCAACAUUGCUCUGUAUGGUCCACUCGCAAUGACCAGGCCUUUCGCGCAUCAUCUGGAAUUUCCGUUCGUCCAGCUUCUGCUGCUCUACGUCGCGCAUGAUGAUGAGGAUGAUGAGGAUGAUGAUGAUGAUGAUGAUGAUGAUGAUGAUGAUGAUGAUGAUGAUGAUGAUGAUGAUGAUGAUGAUGAUGAUGAUGAUGAUGAUGAUGAUGAUGAUGAUGAUGAUGAUGAUGAUGAUGAUGAUGAUGAUGAUGAUGAUGAUGAUGAUGAUGAUGAUGAUGAUGAUGAUGAUGAUGAUGAUGAUGAUGAUGAUGAUGAUGAUGAUGAUGAUGAUGAUGAUGAUGAUGAUGAUGAUGAUGAUGAUGAUGAUGAUGAUGAUGAUGAUGAUGAUGAUGAUGAUGAUGAUGAUGAUGAUGAUGAUGAUGAUGAUGAUGAUGAUGAUGAUGAUGAUGAUGAUGAUUAUGGUGAUGAUGAUGAUGAUGAUGAUGAUUAUGGUGAUGAUGAUGAUGAUGAUGAUGAUGAUGAUGAUGAUGAUGAUGAUGGUGAUGAUGAUGAUGAUGCUGAUGAUGAUGAUGAUGAUGAUGAUGAUGAUGAUGAUGAUGAUGAUGAUGAUGAUGAUGAUGAUGAUGAUGAUGAUGAUGAUGAUGAUGAUGAUGAUGAUGAUGAUGAUGAUGAUGAUGAUGAUGAUGAUGAUGAUGAUGAUGAUGAUGAUGAUGAUGAUGAUGAUGAUGAUGAUGAUGAUGAUGAUGAUGAUGAUGAUGAUGAUGAUGAUGAUGAUGAUGAUGAUGAUGAUGAUGAUGAUGAUGAUGAUGAUGAUGAUGAUGAUGAUGAUGAUGAUGAUGAUGAUGAUGAUGAUGAUGAUGAUGAUGAUGAUGAUGAUGAUGAUGAUGAUGAUGAUGAUGAUGAUGAUGAUGAUGAUGAUGAUGAUGAUGAUGAUGAUGAUGAUGAUGAUGAUGAUGAUGAUGAUGAUGAUGAUGAUGAUGAUGAUGAUGAUGAUGAUGAUGAUGAUGAUGAUGAUGAUGAUGAUGAUGAUGAUGAUGAUGAUGAUGAUGAUGAUGAUGAUGAUGAUGAUGAUGAUGAUGAUGAUGAUGAUGAUGAUGAUGAUGAUGAUGAUGAUGAUGAUGAUGAUGAUGAUGAUGAUGAUGAUGAUGAUGAUGAUGAUGAUGAUGAUGAUGAUGAUGAUGAUGAUGAUGAUGAUGAUGAUGAUGAUGAUGAUGAUGAUGAUGAUGAUGAUGAUGAUGAUGAUGAUGAUGAUGAUGAUGAUGAUGAUGAUGAUGAUGAUGAUGAUGAUGAUGAUGAUGAUGAUGAUGAUGAUGAUGAUGAUGAUGAUGAUGAUGAUGAUGAUGAUGAUGAUGAUGAUGAUGAUGAUGAUGAUGAUGAUGAUGAUGAUGAUGAUGAUGAUGAUGAUGAUGAUGAUGAUGAUGAUGAUGAUGAUGAUGAUGAUGAUGAUGAUGAUGAUGAUGAUGAUGAUGAUGAUGAUGAUGAUGAUGAUGAUGAUGAUGAUGAUGAUGAUGAUGAUGAUGAUGAUGGAUGA